AUGGCUUUGAAGAAGAAGCGUUCCUCCUACACGGCGAAAUUCAAGGUCUCCGUGAUUGACUACGCAAAUGAACAUGGAGUUGUCGAGGCUGCGGAACAUUACGGGAUUAAGGACAAACGAAUGAUCAGAAGAUGGAAAAAGGCUGAAAAUAAAAUCAGAGAGAUGCCAUCGAAAAAGCGCGCAAACCGUGGAAAGAAAGAAGCCUGGCCCGAGCUGGAAAAUGAGCUGAAUACUUGGGUGCGAUUGGAGAGAAGCAAAGGAGCACAAGUUUCUACUACUCGGAUCAUUAGAGAAGCAAGAAAGAUCGCAAGAAGACUACAGUUGGAUGAUUUUCAAGGGACCCCUCAUUGGUGCCAUAGCUUUAUGGAGAGGAAAAACCUAUCAGUUCGCAGAGCAACAUCUGUAGGACAAAACCUGCCAAUCGACUGGGAGAAAAAGGUAGCGGACUACCACUUAUUUUUCCAAAGGACAACAGCAGGAAUCAACCUAAAAGACAUCGGGAAUAUGGAUGAGGUGCCGGUUGCUUUUGAUAUGCCGGCUGCUCGAACCGUCGACAUUAGAGGAGCUCAAAAUGUGUCAGUUGUAACCACCGGUGCUGAAAAAGCGAAUUUCACGGUGGUCCUCUGUGUGCUUGCUGACGGAAGAAAGUGCAAGCCGAUGGUCGUUUUCAAGCGCAAGACCCUUCCCAAAGGAUCGUUCCAUGAGAAUGUGAUCGUCAAGGCAAACGACAAAGGUUGGAUGAAUGAAAGCCUGAUGAAGGAAUGGAUUCAUGAGAUCUGGCUCCAACGCCCUGAUGCAUCAACCCAACAAGGAAGCUCUGCUCUCAUUCUGGAUGCUGCCCCAUCCCACCGAACAGAAGCAACAAAACAAUGUCUACAGCAGCAGUACUCCAGAAUGAUCAUGAUUCUGGAGGACUCACAAAACUGCUUCCAGCCGUUGGAUAUCUCUGUAAACAAGUCAUUCAAAUCAAAUCUGCGAAGGUGCUGGGAAGAUUGGAUGAUUGAAGAAGAGCGGCACACCUACCCAGAGUGGAAAAAGACAGUGGCCUUCGUAUGA